GGGUGCUGCAACAGCACUGGUAGUGAAACUAGCAAAAUAAAAAAGAAAGACUACACACAAGUAGUCAUCCGCAGGAAAAGUGCAUCAGUAUUUUGAUACUCAUCGUUUUAUUCCGAAUUCAGAUUUUGUUCGACGACCAGACGAGAAUUUGUCCUUGGACGGGGCAGUGUGUUCGAACACGCAAAGGUCGAUUCCUGUGUAAAAUCCACUCCCUACCAGGACCAUCGACCCAUCGAACCGACACACCAGGUCAACUCCCCUGGUUGGGAAAAGGCCAGGAAGGGCAGACCAAAAAAAAAGCGGAAUAGAAAAAAAUGAUACUGAUUACGAAAACCGUAUGAUUGAUCGAGGAUCGCAACGCACUGGUGAACAGGUACGCCACGGUGAAGGAAUCGAUAUACCAUUUCGGUGACUAAUCUGCCCUAGCUGGCCACUAAACUAAAUUUGACUGCUAGUCGCCUCAGUGUGAAGAAGUGACUGUUCCCCCUUAUUUUCUGUCAAGGAAACAACAGUUCCGAUAGCUGCCAGCCUCUUCGAUAAUCGGGCAGAUUUUGGGGUUUGAGGUGCGCAACCACACAGUGCAUAAACUCAAGUAGAACCUGUUUUGCAUCCGAAUGGAUGUUAUCGAACCGGACGAUCGUCCGACAGAAACGGGAACAAGCGCGAAGCUCACCAAUGGAAACACAACGUCGGCUGAGGAAAAUACUAUGGCGGCGGUUGCGAGUGGUGCCGGAAGGCGUAAAAAGGCCAAAAGGAAAAAUAAAGCUAAAAAUAGUUUGGCCGAGCCGGAGAUGACGGGCGAAACGAGUAUGACAAUCUCCGGUUCCACAGACACGGCGAUGACGAAAGCGUUGAAGGCUGUGCUAGCGAAGGAAAUGCAACAGAAUACAACAGUGAGUGUACAUAGUAAUUGUAAUAGGAAUAGCAGUAACCAUAGCAGUAGUCAUAGUAACGGGCUGCCGGAGGAACCAGUAACGUCCGUCGAUGCGAUCAGCAAGAAGCUAGAGCAGUGUGUUCAAAUCGGUCGUAAUGGACUGACGCAUAAUGGUUUGCCAAAGCGCGGUGCUAGCAGUUUACCGGAUGCUGGCAGCGCACCUAGCGAAGAAACAAGUGGCGCAGGAACUUCAAUGGAUAAGAGUACGGCCGGUAGGAAAAAGCACCGCAGUAGGCAAACGAAAAAAGGACCCACGAACACAACCUGUAUAGAGAGUGGAAACGAGGAAAAUGAAGAAGGAGUAAAAUCUCAGCCAACAUCAACUGCGCUUCCGGGCUUGAUAGCUAGAGAACAAGGCGAACCGGGCGAUGUGACUGUGCUGAGAAGCGCAACGGAACCAACGGGCGAUUGUGUCCCAUCCACAUCGAAAACAUCAUUGCCAACGGGCGGCGAAAGUAAACCGGCACUCACCCCGAUGGAAAUCGCAUACCAGGUUUACGAAUCGGAACGGCAAAUGCCCUCCAUUAUGGCACUGAUACAGAAGGAUCUGUCGGAACCGUACUCCAUCUACACCUAUCGCUACUUCAUACACAACUGGCCAAAGCUGUGCUUCCUCGCACUGCACCGGGACACAUGUGUCGGUGCGAUCGUCUGCAAGCUGGACAUACACCGGCAAGAAACGCGUCGCGGAUACAUUGCAAUGCUGGCAGUGGACAAGGACUACCGAAAGCUAAAAAUCGGUACCACACUCGUGCAGCGAGCAAUACAGGCCAUGCUGGAAGAUAACGCCGACGAGGUGGUGCUGGAGACGGAGAUCACGAACCAACCGGCAUUGCGAUUGUACGAAAAUUUAGGCUUCGUGCGAGACAAACGGCUCUUUCACUACUAUUUAAAUGGUGUCGAUGCGUUACGGCUCAAGCUGUGGUUCAGAUGAAUAUGUCCUUAUCCUUUCUUAUCGCAAAAACCAUCAAAUUGCAAAGUUGCACAAUCCAGCAAAACGCAUGUUUGAAAAUCAGAUGUCGAUAGAUUCCUUGUUGAUACAGUGUUGUCUCCGAUAUGAUGGUGCUCGAUUGAUAAUAUCGUCUGCGUUCAAGAUUUCUCAUAGUAAAAACGAAAUCCAAUGAAACCGGUGUAGAGCGACAAACCCCCUGUGAGCCUGCAAAACUGAUACUCACUGUCGGUAAGCUUGCUGGUGAAUAAGCGAUAAGCAUUAAUUUCGAAAGUGUUGCGAUUCAACCUGCCCGAGCUAAUUAUACAAAUUGAUCGUCGUACUAAUUUUUUUAGCAACAUAUUUAAUGAUACGUUUUUCUCCUUCUACUUUUGUUGUUACACAACCAAAUAUUGGACCGAACAAUCGGAGUCCGCUUUUCUUCGGGAUAUAGUCACAAGUUGUCUCAAUUGGAUGAGGGAACUCGCACUACCAAAAGAAAAAAGAGCGUAACUUUAUCGAAAAUCGUUCCUUGUUUUCUUCCACACUGUAUCAUCACAGGAGAAAUGCGUAGAACUUGAUGUGCUGGCCUUCGAAGCGUCACGCGAUCAACAGAUUGAUUAACCCUGGAAAACGAAUGAAUGACUAUCCUUGUGGGUAUGAGUACAUCAACUCAUCGUACUCACCGUGCCACAAGCAUGUGUCUUCAGCGAGUAAAAUCUAUUGCAUGAUAUGCUGUUGCGCCCUUUUAAUCACACUGACUGACUGAUUCGGUACCACUUUUAGUACAUGAUGUCUUUUCUUUGUUGUACAAUGUAAUUUGCUUAGCGAGAAGAACCAAACUAGCACAAAUAAUUUAUUAUGAAGGAAUGAAUGCAGCGUAAGCAAGCGGAUAGAGAGCAGCUUUCUACGAAAAGGAUAAGCCACUGCAAAAAACGGAAAGCUGUACAACAAACAGCUCCUGUAAUCUUUGUUUUGUAAUAUAUAGUAUUGCGUAUAGUGUGUGCAUAUGUGUUUAGCGUUUGUUGGAUUGUUUUUCUUCUUCUCAUGUGCGGAGUAUUGUGUGCUUCCAGAAUUAGGGAAGGU